UGAGUUCGCACGCCCGCAUGGGAUGGGAUGGGAUGAGGGGUGUGUCAUUGGUCGUGAUGUCAGAGCGCAAGGACUCUCAUGAUUGGCUCUAAUUAGAAUCUGCAGCAGCAAAUAGACACACGUCCUGCAUGAUUGGAUUCAAAGUGGUUGGUGCCAAAAAGCGCAGAGAGGCGCAGGAGCUCCAAGCGCGGGUGGAGGACGCUGCGCUCCAAAUACGGUCAGACAGGCGAGCAGCACUUUUAGCUUGUUACCGAGAGCUUAUUAGAAGAGUGUGAGGCGGAAUAAGACGCAGCUGAUAUACCCGGAGCGUUUCGCGUGCGCAACUGCAGCACGGCAACUUCAGAAACAUCAAGCAGGGCAAGUUCGCCAAAAUCUGAGCACCAUGGCAUCGGUCUCCAGCAGCCAGGUCAAAUGCAAGUUCAAGAGAAGGAGGAGGAGGAGGUCCAAGCGAAAAGAGAAACUGAACAUGUUGUCUGCACUGAUCGCCCCCUACAAGUACAUGAGCCCAGCAGCCAAUUGCACAGAAGACGAGGACACAUUGAGCACCAGUAGUACUGAGGUCAAGGAGAACCGUAACACGGGAAAUUUGGAAGAUUGCGCUAUUGUUCCAUCAGACUGCCAAACACUCUUCCUGUCCGAUGCGCCCAGGGAUGGGGCAUCUGGCUUCAAGCGAAAGCGACCUUUAGAGGAAGACAAUAACGGACACUUGCGCAAAUUGCGUCUGUACUGCAAGAAACUGGCAUGGUCUGAUGCACCAAAGAACGCUCUGGUCCAGUUGAACGAGCUGAGACCGGGUCUACAGUAUCUGAUGGUCUCUCAGACAGGACCAGUGCACGCGCCUCUCUUUUCCAUCGCCGUGGAAGUUAACGGACUGACGUUUGAGGGCACCGGCCCUACGAAGAAAAAGGCUAAGAUGAAGGCAGCCGAGAUGGCCCUGAAGUCCUUCAUCCAGUUUCCCAAUGCCUCGCAAGCUCACUUGGCCAUGGGCGGCCUGAGCAACCCCGCGGCCGACUUCACCUCGGACCAGGCCGACUUCCCAGACACGCUGUUCAAAGGCUUCGAGCCUGACGGCUGCCGCUCUGCCGAGAGCGAGUUACUGUCUAGCGCCCUCCGUUUGCGCCACACACUGGACUUGAUGGUGGUGCAGGCCAGGCAAGGAGAUCCCUGCCUCCCCCCACCUCCGGUAACCACCACCCAGCCCAGCCCGGUCGUCCUGCUCAAUGACCUGCGGCCCGGCCUGCGAUACGCCUGCCUGUCGGAGCGUGUUCAGGGCAAACAGGCACACCGCAGCUUCGUCAUGGCCGUUCGAGUGGAUGGCAGGAUAUUCGAGGGCUCAGGUCGCACUUUUUCUCUCCCCAAGUAUGCACAUGAGUUUGCGGAUGCGAUAUUCCACCUGGUGCGAGAGAAAUACACAGAGCUGGCCGGCUGCUCCUCGCUGCUGCAUGCGCGUCACAAAGGCCUGGCGGGCAUCGUCAUGACCAGAGGUCUGGAUCUGAGACAGGCCCAAGUGGUGGCGCUAUCGACCGGCACUAAAUGCAUUAAUGGAGAGUAUAUCAGUGACCAGGGUCUGGUGGUCAAUGACUGUCAUGCUGAAAUCACCACCAGACGAGCCCUGCUGCGCUUCCUGUACUCCCAACUAGAGUUACACCUCAGCAAAAGGAAAGAGGACUGGGAGCAAUCGAUCUUCGUACGGCACAAAGAUUCCUGUUUGAGACUCCGAGAGAACGUCCUCUUCCACAUGUACAUCAGUACGUCGCCCUGCGGUGAUGGCCGUGUCAACUCGCCGUAUGAAAUCACCUCCGAUUUGCACAGCAACAGACACUUGUUGAAGAAGUUUCACAGCCACCUACGGACAAAGAUUGAAUCAGGGGAGGGUACGCUGCCCUUGAAGUCCACAGGUCCCUUUCAGACGUGGGACGGAGUCCUUCAAGGAGAACAUCUCAUCACCAUGUCAUGCACCGACAAGAUUUCCAGGUGGAAUGUGCUCGGCCUGCAGGGGGCGUUGCUUAGUCAUUUUGUGGAGCCGGUGUACCUGUACAGCCUGACGGUGGGCAGCCUAAGACACACGGGUCACUUCUCCAGGAUGAUGAACAACAGGUUGGAGAGAGUCGGUCCUCUGCCUACCUGCUACCAUCGUAACCAGCCUCUACUGAGCGGCCUGAGCAACAGCGACUGCAGGCAGCAGGGGAAGUCCGUGUGUUACAGUGUCAACUGGACGGCAGGUGACACCCAACUGGAGGUGCUCAACGCGUCUACUGGGAAGAGAAGAGACUCCGGGGCUCCGUCCAGACUUUGCAAGCAUGCGCUUUUUGCACGUUGGAUCAGACUCUAUCGCAAGCUGGUGGUCCGUGGGGCGAGUGGUAUGCCGCUGUACUGUGAAGCGAAGCAGGCGGCCGGCACCUACCAGACUGUGAAGCUGCAGUGGUUGAAGGGUCUACAGGAAGCAGGAUUAGGGACCUGGGUCAGAAAACCUCCCGAGCAGGAAAACUUCACUCUGACUGUAUGAGUGCGGAAGCCUGACCUCGUCACCAAAACCACCUUCACCUUGCAACCAGUCGCCACAGAAGCCCUAUUUCACCCCUAAAGUCAACAACAUCCCACUGCCAAAAAAUCUCCACAAGGAGAUGACAGGAGUCACGACUAGGUGGUAAACCUUGUUCUGUCAAACUUUCGCAAAAUGUUGCUACCAAGGUAAGGAUGAAGCACGGAAGAAUUUUGUACCUUGCCUUUUAUGGCUUCUGUAGGGAGGGGUACGGUUAGUGUUUUUUUCCAGACCAGUAAAGCGCAAACCGCCCCGCAGCCGAUUCUAUAGAUUUCAUUGGUCAUGUCAGUCACAAUGCUGAAUACUAACCCUUAACCUGAACCUGAGUAACCUAGCGUUGGAAGCACAUCCCCAGUACAUAGCAUUACUAUUUGUUGCAAUUAAAUCCCUGCCAAAAGUCUGGACUUUUAUUCAGGUUGACUUUGUGAUAGGGUUGACCAAUGACAUAGACUGAGUGGAGGGAUUUGCGCUUAACUGAUAUA